AUGCGACGCUGGGGACCUCCGAGCUUGGCCCGCAAGGGGGAAUUCAACAUCAACGACAAAAAGAGCGUUAAACAUACUCGAUACGGCGUAUGGGAUGUGUAUGAGGAAAGGGUGUCCUCAACGUCGGUUUUACCGGGCUUGGCAGUACUCGAACAACAGGCAGAGAUCGUCAAAUGCAUGCCCUUUGUGUGGCGGAUGUUCAGGGAUGUCCUCGCCCUUCCAUACUGCGCCUUCCUAUUGGUGGUGUUCUUCGCCGCAGAACUUGGCCAGGCGUUCAUGCCAGCCUUCUCUCUAUGGUACCAAGGACAGCUUCUGCAUAUAAUGCAAAUCGCAAUUGACACGCGCACGGUAGACAAGGAUCACCUCAUGCACAUCUGCGCCGGGCGCAUCGCCUGCACGAUCGCAACGCAUCUCAUCAAGUUCCUGCGAGACCGCAUCCGCUCCAGCCUCGUGUGGCGGAUCAGACAAUGGUCCGACGCGCACAUCUUCCGUGCCCGCGCACGCCUCGAUGUGCCGACGUACCAGCUGUCCUCGGUACAGCGGCAGCUCGACGACAUCACGACGUCUCCCUACAUGCCUCCCGGCGUCUGGCGCACCAUCGAGAUGCUGUCCGGCUUCGUGCGCGCGGCGACGCAGGCCACAGCCCAGGUCGCGGUGCUUGCUCAGACGCUCGGCGGGCAAAAGGACGGGUACAUGCUCGCUGGGCUCACGAUGUCUUCUCAAACCAUACAGUGGCUCUCUAGUACCGGGUUGAUAAGCGGGCCUUCGCGGCUGGAAGCGCGCCAUAGAAGGGGCCGCGCAUCGCCAGGAAAAUUCGAGAACGCUUCUCGACGCGUCGGCGACAGCGACAGCGCCUUCGAACAGUGGCAGAUCUACGGCCGGAUUAAGGACCGUUUUAGUUUUUGGGCCCUGCUUGAAUAUCCUCUACGCGAGCUUCCGCAGAUGUUCUUCACGCUCCGGGCGGUGCAACACCCCGCAAGCAUGCCCGUGUCGCUCGCGUCCCUGCAGAUGGUGCAGGAGUCAACAAACACGUUCGCUUUCUGUAUGUUAGAGCUGAUGCACUCGACGCGAACUUUUGCCGCUCAGAUCGGCGAGGUGCGUAAGCUGUAUGAGGUCGCCAGUGUCCCCAACAAAGUCCCAGACGGUACCGUCCCCUUCCCCGAGGACGCUGCUCAGAUUCGUUCCGGGGUAGCACUUGAGUUUAGUAGAAAUGUCUCGUUCAAGUACCCGGGCACGGAGAACUACGCGCUACGCAAUGUGUCGUUCAGCAUCCUCCCCGGACAGCUCUGUGUGAUCGUCGGCGCGAACGGUUCAGGAAAGAGCACGGCGCUCAAGCUGAUCGUCCGCCUGCACGACCCCGACGAGGGGCAGAUCCUCCUCGACGGCCACGACAUCCGCACGCUGCGCCUCCGAGAUCUCCGCCAGGCCAUCUCCGUCCUCUUCCAGGACUACACGCACUUCCCCCUCUCGAUCCGCGAUAACAUCGCCAUCGGAGACCCGUCCGCAGCAGGGGACGACGAACACGUGCGGCGCGCAGCGCGCCUGGGGGGCGCGGAGGCGUUCAUCGAGAAGCUGCCGGACGGGCUCGACACGUAUCUGGACCGCCCGGUGAAGGAUCUUUACGCCGGGCUGCCUGAGGGGACGACGACGCUCUUCGGGCGCAAGGUCGACUAUGGCGCGCUGCGCGACGCCGGAGGUAUGAAGGCGACCGACUCGUCUACACUGAGCGGCGGUCAGCUGCAGAGGCUCGCAGUCGCACGGUCGUUCAUGCGGUCUGUGGUGCCGGAAGACGCGAGGGUGGGCCUUCUGCUCUUCGACGAGCCUAGUGCGUCACUUGACCCCGUGGCGGAACACGACCUCUUUGACCGCCUUCGGGAGCUCCGUGGGAGCAAGACGAUGCUCUUCUCUUCGCACCGUUUCGGAAACCUUACGCGCCACGCCGAUUUGAUUCUGUACAUGAACGACUCCGUCGUUGUCGAGGCCGGAACGCACGAAGAGCUGCUCAAACAAGACGGAGGAUAUGCGAACAUCUGGAAGCUCCAAGCGCAAGCUUUCCUCUGA